AUGGCGCCGCUUGCAAGUCUUUCGAAUCUCAAGAGGCCUGAUCUCUUCCAGCAAAAGGGCUUCAUCGCAGAAUCAUGGGUCGAUUCCGUCAGUGGUUCUACAUUCAAUGUCGUCAACCCGGCUACACUCGAGACCAUCGCCACUCUGCCGGAAAUGAACGCCACUGAUACUGCGAAAGCAGUGACUGCUGCUCACGAGGCAUUCAAAUCCUACAAGAAAACAUCGGCACGACAGCGAGCUCGCUGGUUGCGGCAAUGGCAUGCUCUCUGUAUGGAGCAUCUCGAGGAUCUUGCUCUUAUCUUGACGCUUGAAAACGGGAAACCGCUCGCAGAGGCAAAGGGUGAGGUGAUGUAUGCUGCGUCGUUUCUCGACUGGUUUGCUGCCGAGGCUGAGAGGACACACGGAGAGGUCGUGCCCACCGCAAAUCUCGGCCAGCGUAUUAUGACUAUCAAGGAGUCUAUUGGGGUCGCAGCGUGUCUUGUGCCAUGGAACUUUCCCAUUGCAAUGAUUACUCGCAAGGUUGGUGCGGCGUUGGCCGCGGGAUGCACGACGGUUUGGAAGCCAGCUGGGGAGACGCCUCUCAGUGCCCUUGCCCAGGCUCUGCUGGCACAGGAGGCCGGUUUCCCAAAGGGCACUGUCAACGUGGUCACCACGCUGAACAAUGUAGCAGAAGUUGGGGAAGCACUCUGCAAGUCCAAGCUCGUCCGGAAACUCAGCUUUACUGGGUCGACUCGGGUUGGAAAGAUCCUGGUUGAACAGAGCAGUGCCAAUUUGACAAAACUUUCACUUGAGCUGGGUGGUAAUAGUCCGUUCAUCGUGUUCGACGAUGCCAAGGUGGAAACCGCUGUUGACGCGUGCAUGCUCGCCAAAUUCCGGGGCUCGGGGCAAACCUGUGUGACGGCAAAUAGGAUUUUUGUUCAAGAGGGAAUCUAUGACCGCUUCACUUCUGCAUUGGUGGAAAGGGUUGAGAAACUACAAGUGGGAAAUGGUACAGACAGCGACGUGGCCAUUGGCCCUCUGGCUCAUGAGCGUGCGGUUGAGAAAGCCUUGGCCCAUAUAAAAGACGCCACGAGUCGGGGUGCCUCCAUUCUUCUUGGGGGAGAGCCAUCGAAGCCCAACAACCUCCCGGGAUAUUUCCUCCAGCCAACUGUCUUGAGCGGCAUGUCCAUGGAGUCACUGACCACGACUGAGGAAGUUUUCGCGCCUGUUGUCGCUCUUUUCCCUUUCAAAACCGAAGAGGAAGUAGUGGAAAAGGCCAACGACUGCGAUGUUGGUCUUGGCAGUUUCAUCGUCACUGAAUCAAUAUCACGCAUGUGGAGAGUUGCAGAGAACCUCGAGGUCGGCAUGGUCGGUGUAAACCUGGGCAUGCUAAGCGCUUGUGAAAGUCCAUUUGGAGGCGUCAAGGAGUCCGGUUAUGGACGCGAAGGAGGACGACAUGGAAUUGACGAGUACCUUACUGUGAAAAGUAUUUUGAUCAAUGUAUCGUCUUGAGAUGUUUCUUUUGGACAGGAGUGGUGGCUAAUACGGUUUAAAUACGAUAUGCUAUAUCUUGUAAGUCAAAGCUGGUUAGAUUCCGUAAUGAGAAGAG